UAUCUAAAAAAAUAUUCUUGUUGUGUCUUUGCAUAGAAAUACAUACACGUGUGUAAAGAUUUUAUAAUUGAUUUGAAUAAAAAGGACGCUCAGAUGGAGAAUGGGACAGUUCUUCUCAGCCUGUAUUGUUUCUCUGUUGUUUUAGGAUAAUGCAGGCCUCUCUCUAUCCCCUGACCAUUUCGCCCCAGUGAUGUGAGUGAUGUGGCAGAAAACGAGCCGGGACAAAGCCGGUUAACCAGUGGGGAGGUUGAGUGGGAUUGGUGGAGCUGCUGGUGCCGAGGUCGUGGGAUCAGAGCGGGUCAAGGAGGUGUGGGAGUGUCGGCUCGGCCCUCUGACCUUUAUCGCUGAGGCUUCCUAUAAUCCCGUCCUCAAAGGCCGUAUGAACAUAAUGUCGGUGAGCGCAUCAUUUGGCAGCAUGACUUCCAGCAACGAGACACGUGUCGGGUCACUAGAGAACCCCAUCAAGUUUCGGGACCAGGAUUAUGAAACUCUCCGGGAGCUGAGCCUCAAGUCCAAGAAGCUGUUUUCAGAUCCAACAUUCCCAGCUGAGAAGAAGUCCAUCGGUAUGCCUGAAGAUCCCAGUCCGGGAAAGGCAAUCACGUGGAAACGACCCAAGGAAAUCAGUCCGGAUGCUGUGUUUGUGGAGGGAACGACUGGGACCACUGACAUCUGUCAGGGCCAACUGGGUGACUGUUGGCUCCUGGCAGCUUUAUCGGCUCUGACCAUCCACCCAUCACUCUUUGUGAAGGUGGUGCCCUCCAACCAAAGCCUGGGUGAUCCGUAUGCAGGGAUCUUUCGCUUUAGGUUCUGGCAGUAUGGUGAGUGGGUGGAGGUGGUUGUGGAUGACAGGCUGCCAGUACGGGAAGGCCGUCUGCUCUUCAGCUACUCUAACACCCGCAAUGAGUUCUGGAGCGCUCUGGUGGAGAAGGCCUAUGCCAAGUUGGUGGGAUCCUACGCCAGCCUGAAGGGGGGUAACAUUUCAGAGGGCAUGGAGGAUUUCACAGGAGGCAUUGCACGCUCUGUUUUGGUGUCAUCUCGCACCCCUCAAGUGCUCUGGAGGUCUCUGACUGCUGCUCUGUCCAGAGGCAGCCUGCUCAGCUCAUUCAUCCAGGCUUGCAACUCCCGUGAAAUUGGGAAAGUAACAGCAGAUGGGCUGGUGAAGGGCCAUGCUUACGCCAUCACUGAAACUCACAAGGUGAAGAAAGGUUCGGAGGAGAUCUUACUGCUGAGGCUGAGGAACCCCUGGGGGUUUAUUGAAUACUCUGGACCCUGGAGUGAUAAGGGUAAUGAGUGGAAUGGCCUUGAUGCAUCAGAGAAGCAAAAAAUUGAGCUGAAAAUCAAAGAAGAUGGCGAGUUCUGGAUCAGCGCUGAUGACUUUAGCCGAAUCUUCAAUGUGGUGGAGGUCUGCAGCGUGAGUCCAGACUCUUUGGAAGAAGGGGACGCAUCUGCCAGCCCAGGAGCUUGGGUCAUUAGUGAGCACAAAGGAUCCUGGGUACCUGGGUUCUCUGCUGGUGGAAGCCGCCGAUACAACAAAUCCUUCUGGAAGAACCCACAGUUCCAGCUGGUGCUCAGAGAGCAGGACCAGGAAGAUGAGGAGGACAGUGAGGAGGAGGACGAUGAUGAUGAAGAAGACAAAAUGGACGAGGGCAGUGAGACAAUGAGCACAGAGGAGAAGAAGAAAGUUGCAAAGCAGAAGAAGAAAACAAAGCAGUGCACUGUUCUGGUGGAGCUUCUGCAGAAGAAUGGCAGGCAGAAUGAUCAGAUUAACUUCAUGUACAUUGCUUUCCACAUCUACAAGGUUCCUCUUGAGAUACAAGGCAGUUGUUUGGAAAGCAGUUUCUUUAUGAGUAACCGCCCAGUGGGUCGUUCUGGAAAAUAUAAGGCACAGAGAGGAGUGUGGAGAAAAUUGCGCCUGGAUCCCGGGAAUUACAUCAUCAUAGGAUCCACUUACCGCCCGGACAAAGCUGGAGAGUUCUUCGUUCGCAUUUUCUCCAAGAUCAAAAACACUCUCGGGACUAAUGACUUUAGCUGCACCUCCAGCUACCUACCAGUAAUGGCCAGUCCUGUUUCUCCAGAAGAUCAGAUGCGAAUUGAGAGAACUUUCAAUAAGAAAUCUGGUCCUGAUGACAGACUCAAUGCCAAAGAUAUCAUGAAGCUGUUCAACUCAGUUCUUGAUAAAAUAUACCAUCUACCACUGGAAACUGUCAGACAGCUAAUCUUUGGAAUGGAUACUAAAGGCCGAUCCACUCUCAGCCGCGAGCAGGCAGAAACUCUGAUGUCUGAUCUGCGCAGUCUGCAGUCCAUCUUUGUUCAGUACGAUGAGGACUCUUCUGGAACCAUGAGCCCCUUCGAGUUCAGCAUGGCUCUGGAAGCUGUUGGGAUGAAGUGUGAUUCCUCUGUGAUACAGCUGCUGUCGGAGCGGUUCGUGUCUGGAGAGCUUCACAUGGCCUUCCAUUGCUUUGUGUCGUGUAUCACCAGGCUUCGCAAGCUCUUUGCUCUGUAUGAAUCAGAGACAAGUGACGAGGUAAAAAACAGAGGGAUCAAUUCUUGGCUGCUUCAGUUUCUGACUGUGUGAAGACAGCGCAAAAAAUAACCCAUUACUCCACCUGCCAAGACAUGCCCGUACAUAUAAAAUGAACAACAAAAGGGUUAAAUAUUUCUUAUUUUAAUAAGUUUAUCAAGUUUUCAUUAAUUAAUUGUUUUCCCAUUUCUGAAUUUCAUUUCCCAGCUUAUCGUCUUUCUGCUUCUUCAAAAUAUUUCCUCUCAUAAAUGUAUUAAUUCUAGGUAAAUGUCUGAUAGCAGAAAUGUUUUUGCAGAGUGGUUACUUUUUAAAAUGUGUGAAGCCUCUUGAACUUUUUUUUAACCACAUUUCAUUCGUUUGAUACAUCUGAACUCAUUGUUGAAAUACUAAGGAGAUUAGCUGUAACAGCUGUAACAUUUACACAGGUUUUCAAUAAAAUAAUGGGUGAGAAAAAAAAAGGUUUCUCAUAAUUUAUGUAUUUUGACAUUUAAACUGUAUUCCCAGAAUGCUCAGAAGGGGAAGUCUGUGAAAAAUGUUAACUUUAGUAUGUUGGGAAAAAAAUAAAACUAAAGUGUGUGAAAACCAAGUCAGGUGGAGAAAGACCCCUGAAUAAACCUGGACUACGUCAGACUAA